AUGGAUCGGGAAUCGCGUGAGAGCGACUCAGACGCUCCUCCUGUGCCACAAUUGGCGACAAAUGAUUCUACCGCCGAGGCGGAGAUCUUGAAGAUCAAGACCAUCCUCCACGCUUCGGAUGAGGAGAUUCGAAAGAUAGACGAAGAAAUACUCCAUACACAAGCCAAGCUUCGAGAAUUGCGAAGGAAAAAGGAAGCGCUCCUGCAAUCGACGAAGAACUAUCGUGCCGUUCUCUCCCCCGCCCGUGUCUCACUCAGCUCCCCUAUUUACCGUAUCCCUCGCGAUGUCAUGCAGGAAAUAUUUAUCGCGUGUCUUCCACAGAACAGAAACCCAUCUAUGUGCUCCGACGAACCUCCCAUGCUCCUCAGCCAGGUUUCCAGUCAGUGGCGUGACAUUGCCCGUACGACUCCUCAACUCUGGGCGGCCGUUCACAUCGCCGUCCCUACGGAUCUCGGAGAGAGUGGGGCAGCAUACCUCGAAGAGCUCAUCCAGAUGCGUUUCGCAGCCGUAGACGAAUGGUUAGAGCGCUCGGGCGCUUUACCGCUCAGCAUUUCCGCACAUGAACCCACGUCGUCUACCAGAAAGCCGUACUUCAGCACACUGCUGCAGCACCACCUCAUUCCCGUCUGCGGUCGGUUUCAACAUCUAGACAUAAUGGCAUACGACAAGUCGCUUUCCCCAUUGCAACACCUCGACGAGGACAAAACACCUCUACUCAAAUCCGUCCGUCUUCGGACACACUCCAGCCCCUCAUAUGCAGAUAUCUGGAAUGUCACAGCUAGUAGAACAGUAAAUUGGAAGGCAUCUGGCGGCAUUCUAGCUUCCCCCAGCCUGAGGCUAUUACAGGUAUCUCUAUCCGACAUUCGUUGGGAACGCGUAAGGUGGAGUCUUCUGACAAACCUCGACCUCGAUGACGGCCGUGGUAACGGUCCCCCGCUACGUCCGACCAUCGAAGCCCUUCGACAAGCCAAAUCACUAAUUAGUCUGGUAUUACAGCCUCUCAGUCGCGAGACUGCUCCUGUCGAUAACUCGGAGGUUCAGGAAGAACGACCGAUUGAGCUUCCUUCCCUGAAGCGCCUCAAGGUCCAGGAACAUCCGGAGUUGAGCAUUCUUCCCCGACUCAGAACACCCUUGUUACAAAUCCUCUUCUAUCGCAGGUUUUCUACAUCGCAGGUUCCCUCUCCACUCCUCCAAUAUCUAACACUGAACGCCGACAUGACCCUCGAAAAGCUUACAACAGAUCAUCUGAGCAUUUCCGCUGUCGAACUGGUGGAAUGCCUCAGAUGCUGCAGUUCCUUACGCACCCUUCGUCUGGGAGACGCAUUUUCGGAUGGAUCUCCGGUUGUGUACGGUAUAGACGCCCCCAACCACCCACUGAACGACAACCUUCUGGAAUUAUUCGCACCCGAAUCGUCUCCGGAGUCCAACGAAGUCAUCUGCCCAAAUAUUGAAGACAUCGAAAUUAGGAACGAGGGCUUGUUCUCUGAGGACGGUGUCGCUAAUUUCAUCAGAAGGAAGCAAGGCGGCCUGAAUGGACGUAUCAGCAAGCUCCGAAGUUUCAAGGUCAGUUUCUCGAAGAGGCAGGGGAGGAGGAACAUCAAAAUGGAGCUCGCCUCGCUCUGCGAGGGUCUCAGGGUCGAUUUAAACUACCGUCAUCGAGGACAUAGAUCGUCUAUAUCACUUUAUAAUGGACUUCCUUAUUCCUGGAUGACGGAUUAG